CGUAUACCUCCAUGGAUACUGACGAUGCUCAACUUUCAUGCUCUAUUGAAUUUAGCUUAAAGCUACAAAGAUACAGCACAAUGCAGCAUUGGGGGAAAUCUAUAAUCUCUGGAGUGUUUAUAAUCAGUGCUGGGAUUCGGAAAGUAUUGUUUACUUUAAUGAUUUGAUGUUGCAAGAAGAAGACAGUAGUACAGAAUUACAUUAUAAUAUGAAACUGGUUAGAGCAAUUGGGGAUAGGGCCUUAUGAAACCAUACAUGUGUAUAAUUUGAGCAAAAUGACAGAUCAACCAUUAGAUAUCGACCAGGAUCUAGCAAAACGGCUGUUAGUGGAAGGAGCAAUUAUUAUAAUUCGUGAUCUUCCUCCAGGGACCGAAUUCGGUAUCGAUUUAAAAUCAUGGAAUACUGGAAAUAAAUUUUUGGGUGUGAAGAUGAUUCCUCCUGGACUACAUUACGUUCAUUACAGUGCAACUGACCAGCUGGGUGACACGGCACCGCGGUCUGGCUUUAUGUACGACUUCGAGACGUCUGAAGUUGUUGUCAGGAGGUGGGACAAGGAUGCAGAGGACCUGGACAUUAAAGAUGUCGGAGAUGAAGAAAAAGCGAGAGUGAGAUCAAAUCUAUUGAACCUGGACAGGUUUCUGGGGCCGUACCCUUUUGAUAUAUGGAAGAAGUGGCAGUCAAUGACGAAUAAAAUAUCUGCACGGCUGGCAGAGAGGCUGAUGCCCGAGUGCGGGCAAGUGCGGUCCGCCCCGGAGAUGGCACCCACGCCGUCCGACGGAGACGGAGUGGAGGAGGGUCGGCGGGGAAGGCGGAGCGGCGCGACGGCAGAGGAGCGGGAGGAGCGGCUGCUGCCCGCGCUGCGGCCGCUGCCAGGCACCGCGCCGCGCCUCACCCCGCUCCCGCUGCAGGGCUGGCCGCGGGGCGCCACGCCCGCCGAGGUGACGAGACACUCUCUAGACUCGAGCUUCAAAUUGGAUACAUUACUACAGCAGAUGGACAGCCCGGACGAGCUGCUGGGCGAGCUACAAUUCUGCUUCGUGCUCUUCCUCGUCGGGCACUCGCUGGACGCCUUCGAGCACUGGAAGCGGCUGGUUCGGCUGCUGUGCGGCUGUGUGGACGCGCUCGGCUCGAAGCCGCAGUUCUUCGUCGAUUUCAUAUCUGUGCUGGAAACGCAGGUGACGGAGAUCCCCGAGGAGUUCCUGGCAGACAUCGUAGCCAACAAGAACUUCGUGUACGUGUCACUACGAGAGCUCUUCCGCAACCUGCAGGACACCUGCUGCGAGGCAGACUCGCGGCUCAAGGUGCGCGGCGAGCGCUUGGCGCGUGCUCUCACCGGCCGCCUCGGCUGGGACUUCUCGGAGCUCGAGUUGGAGGAGGAGGACGAGGCGCCGGUGGUGGUGGAGCUGUGAACUGCGACAGAUGCUCCGGUGGCGAGAGCCCUCUGCUAGCUCGGCAGUGCCAACCGAUUUUUCCAAUUCUACAUUAGCUGUCACCAUCGAAUCACUUCAUUUCUCGUGUGUAAGAUGAUAAGUAUCACUUGUAAAAAAACACAACUUGUAUAAACCUUUCUCUAAUCAAAUAAGCAGUUUCUCUUUUAUUCUCAAGCAUCUGCACACUUAGUUACGGAGGUUCUUCUGAAAAUAACAUCUGUGUUUUCAUCUACUUGUAGUCCGUAAAACACUGAAGUGUAUGGCAGAGGGUACAUCCCACAGUUCCAGUUAUCAGGGCAUCUUCUCGUCCUUUAACAUGCGAAGUGCAGUUAAAAUGUUAUUCUCAGCUGCACGGUGUCCCACAAGGUGGUCUACUUUGCUCUCGGCCACAGUUUGGCGGUGGCCGUUCACCCUGGUGGACAGCUAGUUGGUAGUUGUACCACUGCAGUGGUUGCAGCAGAGCUGGUUAAUGACAUACCUGCUUUCACAGGUGCUCAGCCCCUGAUGGGAGCAGGAUAGUCCUGCAAUAGGACUGGAAUAGGUAGUGCUGGGUGUGUGGGUUGGAGAGGUCCUGCACCUGGGUCUUCCACUGGGACACGAUCCUUGUGGUAUGGGUUUGGGAUUGGGAGAGCCAUAGGGAUGGACUAGGAUGUUGUGAAGGUUGCGUGGGCAAAGGAACACCACUGUAGGAGGGUGGGAAGGAUCUGGGAUAGGAUGUCCUUCACUUCAGGGCACGAUGGUAGGUAAUCGAAGCCCUGACAAAAGACUCGGUUCAGUUGUUCCAUUCCAGGGUGGUACUGGGUGAUGAAAGGAGCACUCCUUUGUGGCUGGUUCUUGGGGAUGGGGGUUAAUGCCUGCAAAUAAACUGUCCCCAGGUGGGCAGACUAUACGGAAUGGACUUUUUGGUGUAAAAGGGAUACAGCUGUCGAAAUGGAUGUGGAUAGAGGUGCGGAUGGAGCCAUCGUAGAGAUGGAGGAGGUCAAUGUUUAGAAGGGUAGCGCACUGGGUUGAGGAGGAACAGGUUAAGUGGAUGGGAAGGAAAGUGUUGAAGUUGUGAAGGAAUGAAGGUAGAGUGUCUUGGCCCCGAGUCCAGAUCAUGAAGAUUCCAUCAGUAAACCAGAACCAGACUACGGAUUUGGCGUUCUUGGAGGCUGUGAAGGUCACGUCUAGAUGGCCCGUAAACAGGUUGUCAUACGAGGGUGCCGUGCAGGGCCCGUGGCUUUGUCACGGAUUUGUUUGUAUACCUCCCCUUCAAAGGAGAAGUAAUUGUGGGUUAGGAAAAAGUUAGUAAGGUGUUUGAGGAAUCAGGUAGUGUGUUUGGUAUCAGAAAGACAUUGGGGAAGGACUAUAGGCAUGAGGGAUGUUGGUGUAUAGGGAGAUGGUGUCA